AUGAAUCUCAACGAGGCUGUGAUGAAAAGAGGAAAAGGCAGAGGAAAUAGAUGUAUUCUGACCAAAUUUAAACCUGAUCGAAAAAAAAUCUCGGAAAUCGUAUCAAAAAAAUUCUCACCAACAUCAGCAGCUUCUGACAUCAACUGGGGAAAGAAUCAUAUAAGCAUUACAAAUUCUUCAUCUAGCAAAAAGUCUGCAGGGAGCCACAAAUACAAAAAUGAAGAUUUUGGUUCCAGAAUAAUAGUUGCACUGACUGAGGGAAGAGGAGAGGCUAGAUGUGAAAUUGGAAUUGCAGCAAUCAGUGUUUCGAUGCCAUUCUUGAUACUUUGUCAGAUAUCUGAUUCUCAGAACUAUAUCAAUACUUUGACAAAAAUUAACAUUUUGAAUCCGAGUGAGAUCUUGGUGCCAAACACUUUCGUUGAACAUUUUUCUGGUAAUCGUCUGAUUAAUAAGGUGAAAGAAAGGUUUCCCAAUUUGAAAUAUGUUGGAGUCCCGAGGAGUACAUACAAUAAAUUAAACGGUUUUGAAAUGCUCAACAAUCUAUGUAUUCCUUCUUUGAAUGGUAUUCUGUUGGUUCUACAGCACAGGUAUUAUGCUUUAGCUGCAGCUUCCGCUUUGAUAACCUAUAUACAAGACCAUGUUUUCAUCUAUUAUGCACCUGGAACUAUAAAAGUUGAUUAUCAGGAAUCUGAAGGAUAUGCUGUUAUAGAUGUUUCUACUGCAGACUACCUUGAACUUGUCAGCAGUACAAGACCAGCGCAAGGUAAUAAAUAUGCGAGCCUAUUCGGUGUCCUCAAUCAUUGUCAAACGAAAAUAGGCGCAAGAAUGCUCCGAUCGAUCAUUCUGCAACCACCGUUCAAAGCUGAAUACAUAGAAAACCGCCUGAGAUGUGUGGACGAAUUGAUCGAAAAUAAAGAUAUGCUUACUUGUAUACAGGUUCUAUUGAUUAAAAUGUCAAAUAUCGACUCACUCUUGAGCUUAGGAACAAUGAUAUCAAACGACCCUUUGAAAAGUUCAAUAAGUCAUUUGAAUUACAUACUUCGGCUGAACUCUAUUCUGGACAUUAUUACCCCCCUAAAGGAGAACCUUGAGUCGUUCACCCAACCGUUUUUCCUUCAGAUAUCGAAAACAUUGGCGAACCAAAGUUUUUCUGAUAUUAAAAAUAUGCUAAGGCAGACCAUACAAGAAGAUGCCCAGCCUGCUAGAGGUAAUGGGGCGAUGUUGCAAAGAUGUUUUGUUAUCAAACCAGGCAUUAACGGACUACUGGAUUUAGUUAGAAAAACUUAUACAGAAAGACUGAAUGAUCUGAAAGAAUAUGUGAAGUCUUUGGCAGAAAAAUAUGAUCUAUCACUAACCCUAGGGAACAAUCAAACGAAAGGCUAUCAUAUCGUAUUGAGUCUUAGCAAAACCCAGAAAAAAACCUUCAAGAAAUCCGAUUUACCAGAUGAAUUCAUUGAAGUUCACUGCUCGACUGGGUGUCGUACAAUGAAGACUCCGGAAUUAGUUAAUUUGUCUACGAGACUCGAUGACAUUAUGACUGAUAUUCUUAAAAUCAGCAAUGUGAUGAUCCAUGGUAUAAUAGUUCACCUAAAGAAGCACAUACAUCUAUUUUACAUUCUAUGCGAAGAAAUUGCCCAGCUUGACGUUAUUCAGUCAUUGGCAAGUACGAGUCUCAUGAAUGAUUAUGUCCGACCUACUUUCUCUGAAUUCACGGAAAUAAGUCAUGCCCGGCACCCUUUAUUAGAUAUUUUGUUGAUCAACAAGCCAGUUUCAAAUCAUGUAACUUGCUCUGACGAUUUCAACGUCAACAUAAUAACUGGACCAAACGGUUCUGGUAAAAGUGUUUUCAUUAGACAAGUCCUAUUACUGCAAGUUAUGGCUCAAGUUGGUUGUUAUGUACCUGCCCAAUCUGCGACAUUCAAACCUAUGGAUAGGAUGUUUGCUAGGAUUUAUUUGGAAGAUAAUAUGGAGUUUGGAGCGUCUUCAUUCAUUCUUGAGAUGAAGGAAAUGAACUAUAUUAUGACAUCAUUAACGAAAAAUUCUCUCGUUAUUAUUGAUGAAUUGGGGCGAUCUACUGCAUUAGAAGAAGGAACUGCCCUAGCUAUUGCAAUUCUCGAAAAAUUGGCGAAUUCCUCGGCUUAUAUAUACAUUGCUACUCAUUUUACACUACUAACUCGCCUUUAUGAUAUGUAUCCUUAUGUCAAAAUUUGGCAAUUAGAAACUAUUCCAAAGGAUCAACAUUCUGUAAGAAGUCAGUUGGAUUACAAGUACAAUGUAUUACCAGGUGUUACUUCUAUUAAACAUUAUGGUGUGACUCUUGUAAGAGAUAUAUGGCCAAAUGAUAUUUUGGAGUAUGUUGAUUGUCUCAUGAGAAAAAUUUCAAAGGAACAUGAUCGAAAUGUUCUGGUCAUCGAUGAGAAGUCUCGUUUGAAAUAUAGUGUUGAGGCUAUGUUUCGAAAACUCAAACUGAAAAAUGAAUUGACCAUUUCCAAAAUCAAUGAAAUAAUCACUCAAUAUCAAGUGGAAUUGAAACAACUGGGAUAUGUUUUGAAUAUCAAUUCACUGGAAUCCAAUCCACGAGAAAAUUUGCCUUUGGUUGAUGAUAAUUCAGUUAACAAUUUAGAAACAUAUCCGAAUCCAGCAUUGGAUAGAUUUUUGGACGAUUCAAAUUCAUUUUGUCACAACCAAAACAAUUCGUACCAAUACAUGAGCCACUGUGGAAACAAAAAUGUUCGACAAAACUUUAUUGAAUCUGAUGUUUUCAAAAAGCCUGCUCCACCCAAGAACACUAUCAAGUCAAUCCACUCACAAGUUGAAUCUAUUCAUAAUGGCAAUUAUGAAGAGCUACUUUCGCCGAGUUUUCAGCUAACACCUAGUGUAGUGUUGUCUAAUGAUAUGGAUGACCACCAAUUUUCUAUGUCUUUCUGCAACGACCUAUCAAAAACUUCAACCCCUGUUAAUUUCUUCGAUAACAUUUGUCACUAUUCCUCAUCAUCUAAUGCCAGUCAAGAACCGAGUUUCAGUGUGCAGAAUGAUGCCAUUGACGUUUAUAAUGAUUCAAGACAUCAUAAUGUUGAGAAUUUUCAAGCAGACCUUCACUCUGAAAAUGUAUCUAGCAAUUAUCUUUAUGAAAUUGAUAAUCUACGUGAGGAGGAUGAAGUAUCAGUAGAUGAUUAUAUUCAUCGCAAUCAUUAUGAACAUUAUAUUUCUCCCACAGUUAAAAUCAUACAAGGAUUGGAUAAUAAAAGUUCGUCUUGGGAAGACCAAUCUGAAAAUGAAUUUUCAAAUCCAAAUUGCAUCUCUGAAAGUAAAAUUAAUAUUAUAUCGGAUAUCAAGAUUCUCUCUGGACAUGAAACUGUGGAAUCUAAAGAGCCCCAAAAUAAUUAUGAAGAUAAUGAUGUUUCAAAAGUUCUAUCUCAUUCAGAAUUGGAUAAAUCAUAUUCCGUAAUUACAGGUGCUAGUAAAGAUCCGAAUGUGUCUUUAGAAAAAUCUUUUCAAACGUUGCCUAGAAAGAUAGUUCGGUCCCCAGUCGAGCGAAUCAUCAGUCAGACACAUUCUGGGACUCCAAAAGUUGAGAAUAUGAAUACUUCACUAGAAAAAUCUGCUCAGACGGCGUCUGAACAAAUCGUUCGGUCACCAAUUGAUAAAAUUACCAGUCAAACAUAUUCGUGUAAUGAAAAUGAUCAUGAAGGGGCUGAUAAUAUAAAACAUGGAAUUUCAGAAAUUGGGGAUGAGUCACAGAAACAUAUGGCUUUGUCUCCUAGUUUUGUAGGGUAUGAAGGAAUCGCUGUUAACAGAGAAAAUGUUCUGAACAUAUCGGAUGCAUCUACAUGGAAAAUAAAUGCACCUCCAGAUAGUGAAAAUCUGCCGAAUUCCUUGGAUUCAACUUUAUCAUUAGAUAAUGGACAUAUGGUACUGCCGGCAAAUAAGGAAUAUGACAACCAAAAAUGUAUAUUACGCAGUGGUAGAAUUCGAGCGAACGACUCUAUCAGAUCAAGUACAUCAAUAAUAAUGAAUGAUAAUCCUAACUGUACAGAUUUCGAAAAAGGAAAAACUAUUCGAAGAGGCUACAAUACGGAACGCGACUCAAACGUAUCAUAUUCAAGCUUGAAUGACACUAAUGAUUCUUGUGCACACGAAAGUUACCACGUGAAGGGAUUAGUUCCAUCGCAUGAAUUUAAUGUAUCUGAAACAAGCGUGUUUCGAAGUCCUCUUAAUAGUAUUAAUAAAAUGAAUGAAGAAAAUAAGAUUAAAAACUUUACAUUCAAGAAGAAGAAACAGUUUGUAAGUACUGCGAUAUUCAAUAAUUAUCUUUAUCCUUCAAGUCAACAUAGUAGUCAGAGUAACCAUGACAUGAAGGAGCAUAGCAAUAAUUCACAACUAAUGUCAGAUUCAAAUUCAUCAAAAAUGAUGACAAUGGACGAAAAUGUUACUUACUCAAAUGUAUUUAAUGACCUAAUUCAAUAUGAACCUAAUAGACCGCAGAACUAUUCUCUUGGGGAAUUCAGAGAGAAUUCAGGCGGAAGUGCCAAAACAAGAAACGUAUUAAACACAACAAAGAUGGAUGAAGACGAUAACAAAAAUACCACAUAUUCCAGUACAUCAAAAGAUCUGCAAUAUAUGCCUAUUAUCCCGAAAAACGGUUCUACCAUAACCGAAACUAAUGCAGUAGAUAUAAGAAAUGGUGAUGAAACAACAAGCAUGUCAGUUGCAUCUAAGAUGAGAAAAUUAGGAGAAGACGUCACAUAUUCUAGUUCAUCUAAUUAUUUGGAUAAGAUUUCAUCUGCAGAGAAAAGUAGAUCUCUUGAUAAUGAAAAUAGCCAAAUCUACGAAAGAAACAAACUUGAAACAAGUGUAUCAUAUGCUUCAGAGCUAAGAACAUUGGACGAAGGUGUCACAUACUCUAGUGCAUUUGCUGAGAAAAGUAGUUCAGUCGAUAAUAAAGAUGACCAGAUCCUCAAAUCGAGCAUAGAUAAUGCAACAGCUCUGAAUGUAGAUGAAAACAACACAGACAUUAGCGCGUCCGAUGAUCAAUCUAACAAUAAACAUUCAUCUAGCUUGACAAGCCUGUCAAGUGCUUCCAAGAAAAGGAACUUGGAUAAUGUCUCAAGUUCUGCUAUCACAAAAAGUGCUGCUAGUACUGAACAUAUCAAGGUUUCAAACAAUAUUGAAGACAAGUCCAGCAGAAACUGUACGAGACUUGAGCUCGGAAUGGCUAAACAUACUAAAUUGGCAAGGAAGAGGUUUAUUCCACCAAGAACACUUAGUGCGAAAGAAAUCACAACAGAAUUGGAAGAACAAGGUAGAAAAAUAUUGGAAUCUAGCCAAAACUCUUCUAAUAUGAAAUACUGGAAGCACAUUGUCAAUCGACCAACAGUAAAACAGAUUCGAAACUCUACCCAACUUGCGUUAGUGAGAAAAACAAAUGAUGGUGUCGAAAUAUUUCCGACAAAUCACAAUACUAAAAAACCUAGAAAAAAAACUCCAAUGAAAAGGCAUUUCUCAAACGAGAAUUUUGAUAUGUCGAUUUUCAGUGACAAAAAUGCCAAAACUUUUGAAGAAUAUUUGAAUUCUGGUGAAAGGGACUAUAAUACUUUCCGAUCCAGAAUCAACCAAUGUGUGGAAGAAAAUUCAUCUUCAAAUUUCAAUCAAUUCGGAUAUUCAUUGAAUUUAGUGAGAGACCCUAACGAAGACAAUUUUGUACUGUCAGGCAGUACUGCUACGCCAUUUUACUCGAGUCAGUCAAGUGCUAUUUCAUUCUCAAGACCUCAGAGUUAUCCAGAUCAGAAUACAAGUUUCAAUAUAGCUACUUUCAAUGCAACCAUACAAAAUAACAAGGUUGCUUCUAAUACUGAACAAAUUGAUUUUACAUCUCUUACGCCAAACGGAUUUUACAAGCAAAAUAAAGAACAUAUAAAUACUAUCAUGAAUAAAUAUCUUCAAAAUCAGUCAAUUUCAAGUCAGUGUGAAAAUAAUGUUACCUUAAAUAGUAGAGAUAGAAGAAACAUAUUUGAGAACACUAAUUUGAACAUCGAAGAUCUAUCUAUUUGA